AUUUUGAUGAGCGCCGCCAGUCGUGGAACUCUGCAGCACACACACACACGGUGUGCAGCAAACGAUUUGCGGAAGUGAGGUACCCCAUUCUGCAGCAGGUGACUGAGCAGCACAAUGAGACGUCAGUAGUCCCCCUCCGUAGCAUGGCCACGUCACGUUCCUCACGCGUCACAAGGUCAUCGGUCGGGCUCAAUGGAUUGGACGAGAACUUCUGUGGCCGAACCCUCAGGAACCGCAGUAUCGCCCAGCCGGAGGAGGUUCAGGGGUCACCGCUCCCCAGCAGCAGGGCUCCUCGCUCCCCCAAGAAGAGACAGGACGCCCAGGCUGGGAGCUCAGAGAAGCCUGGGGGUCACCAGGGAAAGGUAACCCACCACAAGGCCUCCUCAGUGGACAGGGAGACAUGGCCGAGCCCCAGGAAGAGGGGACUGUCCUGCUCAGAGAGAGAGAGUGAUGGGUGUGGGGGUUUGGACCAGGCUGAGAACUGUGAGGGGAGGGGGAAGGAGACGUCGGGGGCUGGUGGGAGAGAUGCUUCUCUGCUCCUCAAAAGGGCCAAACGGUGUUCCCGUCACGGGGAGUCGCAGGUCCCCGAGGACGACCCCUCUUCUGCACCCGCCAAACCUGACAUCCCCCCAUCCUCCUGCAUCCCCCCAUCCUCCUGCACCCCCCCAUCCUCCUGCACCCCCCCAGCGACUGUCAAGGAGAACAGGGAAGAGGGUGACCCGCUCAACCUAAUCUGCACCGCACCCUCUUCCUCUUCUCCACAGAACGUCAACAAAGAGGAAGGUGAGGAGGAGGAGGAGGAGGAGGACAGCGGCGGCCAUAUUGAGAGCGACGGCCAUGCUCAGCAGCCCCUGAACUCCAUUUCCCAUAAUUCCUCUGUUCCGCCCCAGAACUCGAACUCCCAUAAAUCCUCUACUGGGCUGGGACAGACCAGCAGUAGCUUUGACGCUCAGACAAUCCCCCCGGGUGCCAGCACUGCCGUUAACACCAGCUGCCCAGGUCCCAGUCUCACACUGCUGAACGGCAGCCAGAUGGGGGCGCCCUGCCCCUCGCCCCCAGACCCCAUAGUGCCUUGUAGAAACUGUGAUCCUGUGCAGGAGGAGGAGGUUAGGGACUCUGGGGAGUAUUCUGCUCCUCCUCUGGCCUCCUUUGAAGAGGACUCCUCCACCCCACAUCUGUCAGUCAGGGAGGAGGAAGUGGAGUUGGAUGUAGUGGGGGACUCGGUGUGUCAGGAGGAGGAAGUGACAGCGACCGAGGAGGAGGAGGAAGAGGAGGAGGAGGAGAGUACCAACGGGAGAAGUAAUGGUUGGCCACUGGUGCAGGAUGCUGUUGCCAUCAGUAUCAUCAACGUAAACCACAACAUCCCAAACAACAACAUCAACAACUCAGGAGAAUCCACCAUGCCUUUGCUAGCCCCCCAGACCCCCUCAGAGACCCCUUCUGUUUCCGGCACUUCGCCCCCGUCUUUCACCCAACCCCACGAACACCAAUACACCCUGAGGACUUCGCCCCGGAGAGCUGGGGCCCCCUCGUCCCCCAAACCCUGCUCCCCUCCCAGAGACCCUCUUCGGGACAACGGCCCUCUGAGAGAGGGGGCCUGUCGGAGGCUGGAUCUGGCUACUUCUACCCCUUCUUCAGGUCCCUCCAGCAGCCAGGCCAGAGGAGGGUCUCUCCCAUCUCUUCUGUCGGUUCCCAUGGAGCAGGGAGCCGGUGGGGACGACAGGGUAGUAGGGGACGGUCGGGACUACGGGGAGCUCCGAGAAGGGGUCCGGGCAGCCAGUAAGGAGGUUCCGGUAGGAGGAAGCCAGCAGCAGCAGGAGGAGGAGGAGAAGCAGGUGGAGGACGAAGAGGAACCAGAUGUGUAUUACUUUGAGUCGGACCACCUGGUGCUCAAACACAACAAAGAUUACCAGAGGUUACUCCAGACUGUAGGUGUGUUGGAGGCCCAGAGAACUCAGAGUAUACUGGACUUGGAGCGUCUGGCCAGACAGCAGAGAGAAGCUCUCCAAGACCCCGUCAGCUUUGUGGAGCAGCUGCAGAAACAGGUGGAACUGGGCCUGCCGCGGCCCCAGAGAGUGGUUCAGCUGCCAGACGUCUCAUGGGACCAGUACACGUCAGGACUGGGAGACUUCGAGAGGGAGUUCUGUGACAAGAAACGCAAAACCAGGAGGCUAAAACUCAUAUUCGAUAAGGUCAGGUUACCAGACCGACCAAUCAGCCCCUUGGAUCCCAAGGACAAGGAGGGUGAAUCGUCGACCCUGUACUCUGCUCUGCCCUCUAGUGAUGCUCUGGAGAACAGCAGCAACUCACAGUUGAUCCGAGGGCGGCUGUGUCACCAGAGUAAACCUGACACCUUCAACCAGCUGUGGACCGUGGAAGAACAGAAAAAGCUGGAGCAUCUUCUACUGCAGUUUCCUCCUGAGGAGGUGGAGUCUAAACGCUGGCAGAAGAUAGCCGACGCCCUGGGCAACAGGACCGCUAAACAGGUGGCCAGCCGCGUACAGAAGUAUUUCAUCAAACUGACUAAAGCAGGAAUCCCUGUUCCUGGGAGGACCCCGAACAUGUGCAUGUACAGCAAGAAGGUGUCCAAUAAGAGGCAGCACCACCUGAACAAGCACCUGUACCGACCGUCUACCUUCCUGACCUCAUAUGAGCCUCCCGUCUUUAUGGAAGAAGAGGAUGAGAGAGCGGCCUACUACAGCUCCCUGCAGGACCCCGAUGGGGACGACACGGAUGAGGAGGGUGUACCUGUGGAGUUGAGACACCUGCCGGAGUACAAGGAGCUUCUGGAGCUGAAGAGAAUGAAGAAACACAAACUGCAGGAGAUCCAGGCUGAGAGUAGCAUGGCCCUGCACCAUGGAUACAAGUGUGACGUGUGUGGUGUGGAGCCCAUCCAGGGCGUACGGUGGCAUUGUCAGGACUGUCCCCCAGACAACGCUGUGGACUUCUGUUCCAACUGCUCCGACUGCCUGUACAAGACUGAGAGCCACACGCCAGACCACCAUCUGGAGCCUGUCCAUCACCAUGAGACCUUCCUAGACAGGGACUACUGUCUGGCUCAGACCCCUGGAUAUAACUACCUGGACCCCAACUACUACCCUGCUAACAGAUGACGGGGGCCACAGACUGGCUCCUGAACUCCAGCCUAUGCCUCAGCCCAGGGGCCAUAGUUUUAGUUACACACGAAGGGUCCCUAGCAUCCAGGUCCCAGGGGCCACAGACACCCAGCCUCAGCCCACACAGCUAGCCUACUACGACAGCUAGCCUCCAGAUCCCAAGGGCCACAGUCACCCAGCCUCAGCCCACAGAGCUAGCCUCAGUCAGCUAGGCUACGACAGCUAGCCUCAGCUAGCCUCCAGAUCCCAGAGUUCACAGUUUCAGCUACACCCCAGCGGCCCCUAGCCCCAGACUCAACCUACAGCAGCAACCAACUGGUAGUGUGUGGCUCAUGGCGCCAUGGCUCAUGGCUCUGUCUCUCAGACCCGAAUCUAGACGGUUCUCACACCAGCUACUCUGCUCACCCCGCCCUGCUAGCCCAGCAGACUGGCAGGAAUCCCAUUGGUGGUGGUGGGGGGAGGUGAAACUGGCUGCCCAGCAGACUCCAUUUUGGCUCUAAGAAGAGGUUUGGGACACGCUCACUUCUCUGACCGGUUACCAUAACAACCAACAAACUGAACAGAACAGUCUCUGAAAAAUAUACAAAAAAAUUACACUAUAAAAAAAAACAAUAUGAACAAGGCACACCGACAUUCCUGACCGCCAAGAAAGACUCAAGGAGGGCCUUCCUCCUCCUCUCCCCCAUACCUCUGUGUGCUGCUUGUUAACCUGGGGUGUGUUGAUGGUAGUGUGGGGGUCUGGUUGAUGAGUGAAUAUGUUCCUCGAUAGAUAUUUGUCAUUGAGUAUUUCUGGUGAAUCAAGCCUCUUCUGUUGUGAACUGGAGGCGGGGUUGAGAAAGGAGCUUGAUGCUGAUGAGAGGCGUGUCUUUCAUUCCUACUAGGUUUUAAACCAAUCAGAAGACAGGCAUUUUCUGAUGUAACCCACACAGCGGGUGUUGUCAGAUGAAGCCAUGGUAACGGACCCCUGACACACCUCCACCUCACGUCUCCAUAGAGAUAAUGUCAGCCAGCAGCUAGUCACCUCUGUCACUCUCCUCUCUUCUAUCUUCUCUUCCC